GAGAGAGAGAGAGAGACGAGCUCUUCCCAAAGAACCUCUUGUUCUUCCCACCAAGACCAGGAAAAUGGCCGAGCUACAGAAAGAGCGUGUGGCCCACCAACCCCACCUGACCGGCCCCACCAUUCUCUACGCCUCGCUUGCAGGCAUUGCGAUCGGCGGUCCGCUUCUUGGCAUGAUGUUCUUCACCUUUCUGGCAACCAUCACAACCCUUCUCAUAAGCUUUCCUCUACUAGUCAUUUUCAGCCCACUCAUACUCUCCGCCAUCUUCAUCAUCUUCGUCGCCAUCGCAGGCUUCGCCGCAGCUGGUGCAAUGGCCCUCAUGGGCAUAUAUGCUUUUGCACAGAUUACCCGUCGUGUCCGUGAGAGAAGAUCGGCUGGGGCGACCGACGGUCCGAUCGUCGAGAAGCUGAACGAAUCAGACCAGAAGGUGAAAGAGCAGGCUAAUGACUGGGCCGGGUACUUUCAGCAUAAGGUUCGUGUACAGCUCUACCAAUGACUGGGCUGGGUACUUGCAGCAUCAGGUGCAGGUGAAUCCACAGAGAACACCACUAAUUGUGGUUGAGUAGAUUUCAAGUGUGCGCACGUGUCAUCAUAGCAUGCUUUGUUAGAUCUGGACCAUUUACUGGGUAGGCCACAUUUUUACUAUGGACGUGGACCA